AACCACAGAAUAAUAGCUCUCGCCAUCUCAGUUCUCAACUCUGUAACGGCUCACGAUUUCCGUUCGAGAGUUCAAUCACGAAUCACGCUGUCUGAAUCCACAAGUCUCGCGACUUCAAGCUCUCGUCGUCCGGGCUCCGUCAAGGCGGCAACCUAUUGCUUUCUCUGCCUCUCACGGACCUUCCUUGCUCGUCUUAUUUUGCAGCCAGCUGUUCUAAUUAUUAGAGAUGUCAUCCCUAAGAAAUGCUGUUCAUAGACGGGCUCACAAGGAAAGAGCUCAACCAAAGGAAAGGAAAAGAUUUGGGCUUCUUGAGAAACACAAGGACUAUGUUGUCCGUGCAAAGGCCUUCCAUAAGAAGGAGGAAUACUUGCAGAAACUCAAAGAAAAGGCAGCAUUUAGGAACCCGGAUGAAUUUUACUUCAAGAUGAUCAACUCCAAAACUGUUAAUGGAGUACAUAGACAAACGAGUGAAGCAAACCAAUACACUCAAGAAGAACUCAUGUUGAUGAAGUCACAAGAUAUAGGUUAUAUCUUGCAGAAAGUUCAAUCUGAGAAAAAGAAACUUGAAAAGCUAACUGCAACACUGCACUCAUUUGAUUCUCAGCCAUCAAACAGACAUGUAUACUAUGCUGAAGAUAGGGAGGAGGCUAAGAGAAUACUAUCAGAAACGAAGAGUGUUCGUGGAAUGCAAGCUUUCGAGGACUUGCCUGAUAAAAUCAAAAGGAGGACAGCUGCUUCCUACAGAGAGGUGGAGGCCAGAAGAAGCAGAGUCCAACAGUUGGAGAAAGUAUAUAGUGAAAUGGCCAUGAAACAAGAAUUGCAGAAAAAGGGUAAAAAACGAAAGCUACGUGAAGACGAGAUUGUGUGCCCAACUUCUAGACCAGUGUACAAGUGGAGAACCGAACGCAAGCGUUAAAAGAAGAGAGAGACGUUGGUGAUUAACAUGUAAUUCAUUUUUGUGAUGGAAGAAAUAGCAGAACACGUAGAAAUACUUCUGUACUUGCGUUUUUCAUAUUUUCCUUUUCGUUUAUGAAAUAGUUACGAUAAUCUAUAACUUCUAAAUUUAUUCUAAACCGAGUUAAGAGAUGUGAUGGACCUCAAAGUUUACUUAGGAAAAAUGGGUUAUGAUAUGAAUUUUUUACGAGGCUGUAUGAAAA